CAGCUGUUCUUCUUCAUCUGAUUAUAAUAAUAAUAUAAUCAUGUCAUCUCAACAAAACCCCGCCGAGCCGCCGAACUUCUCAUGGGUCGAGCCUUGCAAACUCGCCGGUCUGGCCCGUCCUACAAUGGUCCACCACUACAGGUACCUGCUGGACCACGGCAUUAAACACCUGGUGUCCUUGUUAGAGAUAAAACCACCGAAUUAUGAGAAGUGCCCGGAGCUGAUCCUGCAUCAGAUCAGUAUAAUGGACUUCACUCCGCCGAGUCGCAGACAAAUCCUGCAGUUCCUGAGCAUCGUGGAGAUGGUUAAUGCUAAAGGAGAGGGGGUGGCGGUUCACUGUGCGCACGGUCACGGCAGGACCGGCACCAUGUUGGCCUGUUACCUGGUCAAAAGCAGACACCUGAGCGGGGAAGAGGCCAUCAAAGAAAUCCGGCGACUCCGAGAAGGCUCCGUCGAGACCAAAGAGCAGGAACAGGCGGUGAUAGACUUCCACAACUACAUCCACAGCGGCUGUCAGAAGCAUUAAAGCAGUAGUGAAUGAAAAUCUACUCACUCUCAAGCGGUUAAUAAACCUUUAUGAGUUUCUUUCUUUUGUUGAACACAGAAGAAGAUAUUUUGAAGAAUGCUGAACACCUGUAACCAUUGACUUCCAUAGUAGGAAAAACAAAUACUAUUGAAGUCAGUGGUUAGAGCUUUCAUCAAAGUAUCUUCAACAGGAAAAAGAAACUCAAUAAUGAUUGUUAUAAGGGUGAAUAAAUGACAGAAUUUUUGAUUUUGGUUGAACUGUCCCUUUAAGACACUGCUUGUGUUUUACACCAUUGGAGAAUUAGGA